AUGUCUGCCGAUCUCGAUCAGAACCCCUCCCCCGCCGACUUAGCCGAACGCGAACGCGAAGACAAGGAACGCAAGAUUCGCGAGGAUGCGGAGCAGGCUCAACUCCCCUACAAGUGGACACAGACUAUUCGUGAUGUGGAAGUAACAGCACCAAUCCCCGGUAACCUCAAGGGCCGUGACCUGGACGUGGUGUUGACCAAGAACAAAAUCCGCGUCGCGAUCAAGGGACAGGAGCCCCUCAUCGAGGGUGAUUUCCCCCACGCUAUCCGCGUUGAUGAAUCCUCCUGGACGUUGGAAACCACCCCCGCCCCGCCCGGCAAGGAAAUCAACAUCCACCUCGAUAAGGUGAAUAAGGUGGAAUGGUGGGCUCAUGUCGUGACCUCUGCUCCCAAGAUUGAUGUCACCAAGAUCACGCCGGAAAACUCCAGCCUAGGCGAUCUAGAUGGCGAGACUCGCGCCAUGGUGGAGAAGAUGAUGUAUGACCAGCGACAGAAGGAGAUGGGCGGUCCAAGCAGCGACGAGCAGAAGAAGAUGGAGCUGCUCAAGAAGUUCCAGGAUGAGCAUCCCGAGAUGGACUUCUCUAAUGCGAAGAUGGGAUAA